UGGGUAAAAGUAUCGUUUCUUUCUCUGCAGUAUGCGCCGCUGAAUCUCUACGUGCGACUCGCGCGUGCCGUCUCUCGAACCUCGAGCGCAUGGUAAACAUGUCACCGGUACGAGAAAGUCUGCGCGAUUCCAGCAGCGAGUCCGGCUCGGAGUCCGACAAUGCUUCCGCGUCCUUGAGAUCGAGCCGCAGCGGUAGCCGGGCGUCGCAGGCCCCGGUGCAGACGUCAAGCAACGCCAGCGGCAGACGCGUCUCGAGGUCAGCCAGCCAGAGCCCGGUCGAAAUGGAUGUGGACGUGCCACUGGUACCGGAGGUGGUACAUGAUACGAUUACUCUAGAAGACACUGGCUCUCGCGGUUCCUCGCAGCCUGAACUGACGAGCCAAGAGUUGUAUGCUCUAUUACAAGCUUUAUGGCGUGACAACGAGCUUGUCAAAUUCAGUGAUCUUAUUCCAAAGACGAUGUACACAAAAAGGGAUGCUGCUACUGCUUUCGCGAUACUUCUUGAAAUCGUCACUGGUGCGGACUCUGCCACCCAAGGGCGACAGUUCCGCUUCCGAUGCAAUGCCUCUGUGGGUGGUUCCGGGGGCGUCCCGUCUAUAGUGCGGAGGAAGGACCAUAGAGAGGGGUUUUUAGCCUGGUAUCUCCGCUUAUCGGACGAGUCCGGCAUAUCCACAGGGUCCGGCUGCCCUGUGUUAAAUGCAUAAAGCAUUUUCCCCUACUCUCGGAGGAAAAAAAAGGGCGACAGUCCCAGCACCCACCAGUGUAGCACGUGUAGACUCUUUCCCGGAAGAAAGCUCAGUCUUCCCGGGAAACAAUCACAACACCAGCUUGUUUUGAGAAAACGUCACUGGUGCGGACUCUGUCACCCAAGGGCGACUGUCCCAGCACCCAUCAGUGUAGCACGUGUAGACUUUCCCGGAAUUCGUAAAGAAUGCAGUGUCGGAUAUGCACCUUAUCUGUUGCCAUUUUCGACUGUACUGAACUGAAUACUUUUGAAGGUUACGUUGGGCCUUUCACCAAACUAUAUGUUCUUUUUAAUAGUUAUAUGUCAACAUUGUAUAAACACAAAAGAGCGGGAAAAUCUAUUCAAUUUAAAAUUGAUUUCAUAACUGCUUAAGAUAAUUUGGAUUAUUCAUUUGUACACCUAACAAAAUUUUUAUUUUCACAACCCCUCGGUCUAGACGUCCUGAAAUGGCGUGACAAGCAAUUCUUAUGUCUUAAAUCAUUCAGUAUCAUAGUUAGGAAAUCAAUGAAAUUUUGAAUCCGGCUAACUUCUAUUUAAUAAAUAUUUAAUUAAA